CUUCUUUCCACGGCUUGACCAAGGAGCAGGCAUCUGAUGCAGACAUUUGGCUGUCUCUGCGUACAUAUAUAUAUACACACAAAUGUUACUUAAUGCCUCUUUCUUAAAGAGUAAGGAGCCGGCUGUGAGCUUUCCAGGUGUUGUCUGCUGGGUUGGAUUUCCUGUCCCCAUCACUGACCACCAGCUGGACCUCCAUACCAUCUCGUCUUGAAAGUAAGAGGCUCUGAGCAGCCUGUCACCUCCUGAACUGAAGAAUCAGAAAAAUAAAAAGCCUAACCCUCUGAAAACACCCCCCUGAAUUCUCUGCGCUUCAACAGAGCAACUCAAGGAUAAACCUUCCACUAAAUCCUAUGUGACUGAAGCUAUAGGAGCCUGACUUUCCCUCUUCAGCCUGAAGAGAUGGAGCUUGGAGAAAUUGUUGUUGCUGAAAGCCCUAGUGAGAGAAAGCUGUAUGCGGAGAAGGAGCCAAGAGCCCAGGACCUGCUGCGGAGAAGUGGAAAGCAAAUCCAUCAGCUUUUCAGCUAUCUCACAGGAGAAAUGAAAGAAUGUGGAGACUGGAUGAAAGAUAAACCCCUAAUGGUUCAGCUCGUGGACUGGAUCUUGCGAGGCACCUCUCAGGUGAUGUUUGUCAACAACCCUCUCAGCGGGAUGAUCAUUUUAGUGGGGCUUUUCAUCCAGAAUCCCUGGUGGAUGCUCACAGGCUGUACUGGGACGGCUGUUUCGACAUUAACAGCCCUGACCUUUGGUCAGGACAGGUCAGCUAUUGCAGCAGGGCUGUACGGCUAUAACGGGCUCCUGGUGGGACUGCUCAUGGCCGUCUACUCUGACAAAGGGGAUUACUACUGGUGGCUUCUACCUCCUGUGGGGGUUAUAUCCACAGCCUGUCCAGUCCUGUCCAGUGCUUUGGCAUCAGUAUUCAGUAAAUGGGACCUUCCUGUUUUCACUCUGCCUUUCAAUAUUGCGGUAACUUUGUAUUUGGCAGCCACAGGACACUAUAACGCCUUCUUCCCUACCACCCUCAUCCAGCCUGUAACAUCAGCACCCAACAUCACCUGGUCUGCAAUCAAUGUGCCCCUGCUCUUGCAAUCCAUUCCGGUCGGUGUCGGUCAAGUAUACGGUUGUGAAAACCCUUGGACUGGAGGCAUCUUCCUCAUUGCUUUACUUAUCUCCUCCCCACUGAUUUGCUUACAUGCUGCAAUUGGAUCAACAGUAGGGAUGCUGGCAGCUCUGACCAUUGCAACACCAUUUGACAGCAUCUACCUUGGCUUACACAAUUAUAACUGUGCACUUGCUUGCAUUGCAAUUGGAGGCAUGUUCUACGCCCUGACCUGGCAGGCUCAUCUGCUGGCCCUUGCCUGUGCAUUAUUUUGUGCCUACUCUGGAGCAGCUCUUACUAAUAUGCUAUCUGUGCUGGGAUUACCACUCUGCACCUGGCCUUUUUGCUUCUCUGCACUUCUCUUUUUGCUGCUCACUUCAGACAACCCAGCCAUCUACAAAGUCCCACUCUGCAAAGUCACCUACCCAGAGGCCAACCGGCUCUACUACCUGAGGAUGAUGAGAAGAGCAUCGGAGAGCAGAAGAGGGGAGCAGAAAGGAAAGGAGCCAAAACCCUCCAGCAAUUUGAAAACCCAAACUGGAGGCACCCCACUGUGCAGUCCCAAAAACAGCCAUCACGUACUACCGGGAGCAGAGUCAGUGGAUGGCAGCAUCUGGCUCACUCGCAAAGACUGGUGCCUUGGGAGGAGAAACAAACUAAUUAGUAAUAUCAGGACAGGAGCCAUGCUAGCCUAUAUAAGUUGGUGGGGUAUUUUCUUUUUCCAUCGUAGCCCUUCUGCACUGCCCAGCAAAGCAACAGCUCUCCCCAAACUCAUCAAGAAGGCUCAGAACACCACCAUGGAAAACAGCAUUGACGUUAAGAUAGAAACCAAGGGAGAGAAAAAGCCAAGAAAGCAGAAUCCAUUGAGCAAAGGUGGAAAGAGAGUCUGCAAAGCUGUUGGCUACAUCACUGGGGACAUGAAGGAAUUUGGAGGCUGGAUAAAAGAUAAACCUCUCAUGAUCCAGUUUAUUGAUUGGGUGCUGCGUGGGAUAUCCCAGGUGAUGUUUAUCAAUAAUCCCCUUAGUGGGCUUAUCAUAGUUGCUGGCUUCCUGGUGCAGAAUCCUUGGUGGACACUCACAGGCUGUUUGGGAACAGUUGUCUCAACUUUAACAGCACUUAUUCUGGGCCAGGACAGAUCGGCCAUAGCAGCAGGCCUGUAUGGCUACAACGGGGUCUUGGUGGGAUUGCUUAUGGCUGUCUUCUCUGCUAAGGGAGACUACCACUGGUGGCUUCUACUCCCAGUGGCACUGGUGUCCAUGACGUGCCCCAUUUUCACCAGUGCUUUAGGCUCAGUCUUCAGUAAGUGGGAUCUGCCUGUUUUCACCUUGCCUUUCAACUUGGCCUUGACUCUCUAUCUGGCUGCCUCAGGACCCCAUAACCUCUUCUUCCCUACAACUCUCAUUCAGCCUGCAACAACAACACCCAACAUCACCUGGACUGAUGCUGAAGUGCCAAUGCUGCUCCAAUCCAUUCCGGUCGGCGUUAGUCAGAUAUAUGGCUGCGAUAACCCCUGGACUGGGGGAAUUUUCCUGGUUGCUCUAUUUAUCUCUUCUCCACUCAUUUGUCUGCAUGCGGCAAUUGGAUCAGCAGUGGGGAUGCUGGCAGCACUGAGCUUAGCAACACCUUUUAGCAGAAUCUACUCUGGCUUGUGGAAUUACAACAGUUCCCUGUCUUGCAUCGCAAUCGGAGGCAUGUUCUAUGCUUUCACCUGGCAGACACAUUUGCUGGCAAUUGCUUGUGCACUCUUUAGUGCCUAUCUGGGAGCGACACUGGCUAAUAUGCUGGCGAUGUUUGGGCUGCCAUCAGGAACCUGGUCUUUUUGUUUGUCUGCACUGACAUUUCUGUUAAUAACCACAAACAACUCGGCCAUCUACAAGCUACCCCUCUCCAAGGUCACCUAUCCAGAAGCCAACCGAGCUUAUUAUCUGAAGAUGAAGAAACAUCAGAAGUCUUGCUGUGGGGUAUAAAGGCCCAAGAAGAGAGAUACUUUGCAGAGUGUAAGGCUAAAGCAGAAGGUAUUUUCCCCCAAAAGUGAUUUGCAUGCUACAAAGUCAAAAGACAAAAAAAAUCGCUGCCUUCUGAGUGAAGAGACUUUUUCCUCCACAUUUGUUUGUUCCAUCCUGUUUAGAAAGAAUUGUGCUGUGUUGGAAGAACCCCUCCCGAGACCAAUCUGUAAUGAUUUAAGAGCAUAUAUGCUUAAAAAGACACUUGAAUUUUAAGUAGUGGGGAAAUGACUUAGAAGUUGAAAAGAAAACUCUGGUCAUGAAACCCAGGUCACACCAAUCAGGUGUAAAGCAAUGAAGAAUAGAACAUCUUUUGGCAUCUGAUGGGACUCCUAAUUUAUGGUUAAAACCAGCUUACCACAGCAAUAGGAUAUGUCUUAGCUUCAUAUUAGCAAAGAACUGGAAAAAGAGUGCCUUUUCCUAAGUAGAAAAUAGGUGGUGGAGAAUUCUACCUGGAGGCUCUCUCAAGCCUAGCAGAGAGAGAGGCCCAUUAAUAAUCACUGCACACAGGAUGGACACAGAUAAAUUAUGGACAGUGUCACUAAUACAUGCAAGACUUGUGGUAAAAAUCUCAAUAAUUGGGGGGUUUGUAAAGCCCUAGCUUUUGGAUGCUUUAGUUUACACUAGUCUCUAACAUUUCGUAAAAAAAUUUCAGGCCCACCUAGUUGCAGAGAAAAAGUCUGUAAAUUUGAGGCCAAGAAAGCAAAUGCCAGUGAAAAGAAUCUUUUUCCUAAAAAAAACAAAUCAAAACAUGAUGUUAUGUUAAUCUCAUGUUGCUGUUUAACAGAUUUUGUCAUGGGUUGCAAAAGGAGGGGACAGCAGCAAAGUCAUUGUUGUCCCAUCCCUAUAUAAUGAAAUGGCUUCUUUCAGUCUGUGCCAUAAAUAGAAUUAAUUUAAACUGAUCUCCUUGACCUUCCUUCCCAAGCUUUCCCCCAAUGACAUACAAACAUCAAGCAGGAAAACAGUGUAUGUCCCAGCCUGUUGCUGAAGUCACUGAAGGGAAGAGGCAGUGGCCUGGUGGAUUGUAGCAUAGAUAACGCCAGUCCUGGAGAACUUCAUGGCAGGAUAUAAGUGUAGGUGAACUCUGCAGCAGACAAGUGGUGUACUACCCUCACAUGGACUCUUAGGAUCUGGAGAUAGCAAAGGAGGAAGUUGACUUUGCACCCCAUAAAACAGACUCUGGUGGCUACCUCAGUGGGUGUUAUCUCAGCCACCUUUCUGCUUAACUCAUCAAAAUGAGUCAAGUCCAUGAGCAUGCUUUUCCUGGCCCGUGAACCUGCUUUGUCGCCAUCCUCCCUUUCCUAAAUCCCAAAUAAAUUUAAGACUGGCAAUAAGGAAGCUGACCACUCCAGGUAAUAAACUACCAUAGUUCAUGCAAUGGACUUCAUGGACACAGACCACCAUGACUCCAUGGUCAGUGAACGUUCAGCUUCCAAUCUGGGUUUCUGAAAUGCAUAGCUGGUGCUGAAACUAGCUAUGCAGCAGAAACAGAUAAAUGGGUCACCAACCAAAGAAUAUGAGCUGGAUUCUGACAUCUUCACCACAAAUACUUUCCUCUGUGCUCAGGUCCUUCAGUUGGCAUUAGUCUACAUGCAGUAAUGUUGCUCAUGGGAAAGCAGAUCAAAAUCUGUUCCUCAUGUGGCAGGGUAAAUAAAAAGUAGAUUGUGAAUACAGCAACUGAUUUAGGAGGCUAAGAAAGGAAAAUGUCUUUUAUAAACACCAGAAAGAUCUGAGUGAAAAAUAUUUGGGAUGAACUGCUGGCAGUAUUUUCUGGUGAAGUGUUAGGUUUUCAAAUGUCUGACAGUAUUUCUUUAUGAAUGCCACUUCAGAGAUCGCUUGUAAGAUGUACCAUUUGCUACAUUUUCCUUGGUAAAUAUCUACAUAACAUUUUGUGGUGUUAAUUUAAAAAAAUACUCAUAGAUCUUUCACUUUGAUGCAAGUUUUCCUCUAUUUUUCAUCACUGAGCACUUCCAAAGACAGAUAGCUCUUAAGUUACAUCAAAAUGGUCUAGAAGAUGUUGGAAAAUAAAAUUAUGAAAUCAGUGGUGAGAGGGGGAGGCUCCAGCUAUUUGGGAAACUUCCAUGCAUUAUAUUUAAGGCAUUUGGCUGCAUCAGUAACUUUAAUGUACAAGUGCAAAGUCUGCUUCUGUAACAAGGGGUAGAGUUAGCUGAAGGCAUAGUGUUGUGCCUCUAGAAGUAGUCAAGGCUGAAAAACUCAUUGCGAGCAGGACAUAAGGACUUGAUCCAGUUCCUAGGGAAGUCACUGGACCCCUAGAUUGGGGUUAGAUUCGGUCAGGGAAUGCAUCUAUAUAUCUGUCAAAUUCUCACCGAAAAGGAGAGCUUUUGGUGUCUAAACUGAAAUCUCCCUUGUCAGGGACACGUGCCCCAGAGAGAGGGGCCGAGGCUAAUGCAAGAGGCUAAAGGCAAAGGCUGUUUCAUUCAUAUGUCAAAAUCUGCACUCUAGUAUAGAGUACACACUUUAUGACCAGUGUAAAUCAGCACAGUUUCUUUGACUGGUGCUAUUUCAGGUUGCUGUUGCUGAGCAACAGGACCAUUUUAGCAGUACUGUAGAGGAACCACACAUACAGAAAAGAAAAACAACAAAAGAGCAAGGCCAUGUCUCAGCCAUUAGUACGACUUCACACAUCAUUCAGAAUUCUUUCUUCAUUCAAUGCUAUCCAGAGAAUUCAAAGUCUUCCCCUAACCCUGUGCAGAGUAACAUUUAUUUGGUAACUUGUCACACGUUAUCACUUGGUCAGAAUAUGCAUAUCAUGCUUUUUCCCAAUAUCGUUCCUACCAGUCUUUUCUUACAGGACUAAUUUAUCUUAUUAUUGAAACUGUUCUGUAAGGUUUUUUGCUGUAUAUCAAAUAAAUACUAUUCAGAGUUCACAAAUCACUGAUGUUU